AUGGGCGACAAAGACCCAAUCUCGACUGGUAGCAAUGCCGACGUCGGCAUGGGCGAAAUCAAGCAAGCGGGCAUGGGUCGUGAUAUUGCAGCCGAGUUGACAGCUCACUUCGCCCAUGAGCCUGGAUAUGACCGCGACGAGGAGAGAAGGCUGCGAUGGAAGGUCGACAUGCGCCUGGUUCCUAUACUCUUCAUGAACAUUACCCUUCCCGCCAUAGACAAAGUGACGCCUUCGACGGGCGCGCUGUACGGUCUGCGAGAAGACCUCAAUCUAAAAGGCGACCAAUGUGCCUGGGUUGGGUCUGCUUUCUACUUUGGUUACCUCCUUUGGUGCUUUCCCUCGUCCCAGAUCCUUCAGCGCCUCCCCAUCGCCAAAUCCAUGUUUGCGGUAAUGGUAUGCUGGGGCUUUGUCCUCAUCGGCGCUGGAUUCAGCCAGAGCUUUGUGCCCAUGAUUGUCGUCAUCAGGGUUCUUCUUGGAGCUCUGGAGGCUCCUGUUGCGCCGGGUAACUUUAUUAUCAUGACUAUGUGGUACACGCGCGACGAGCAGCCGGUCAGAGCAGGCCUCUUCUACACUGGCCUUGCUACUCUCUUCACAGGAACACUUGGUUGGGCUGUAGGAUUCGUACAUUCCGACUGGGCCUGGCGUAGCUUCUUCUGGAUCACCGGAGCCAUCACUCUCAUCUACGCUGCUAUAGUAGGCAUCUUUCUCCCGGACAAUCCCGUCAAGGCCAAGUUCAUAUCGCAGCGAGAAAAGUGCGUUGCGAUCGAGCGAUUACGUGCAGACCAAUUGGGAAUUGAGAACAAGUCGUUCGACAGAGCACAUAUCAUAGAACUGCUUCAGGACCCCAAGACAUAUCUCAUGUUCUUCUUCCAUGUCUGGGUUUCUAUCCCCAACGGUGGCCUCACCAACUUCGCGCCCCUUAUCAUCAAAGGUCUCGGCUACUCUCCCCAGAGGUCGACGCUGCUUAUGAUGCCAACUGGAAUCAUCCAAACCUUGAGUAGCUAUCUCUGCAACUUUGGGGUUUACCUCUGCAUCAAGCGCUUUCCCAACCUGCAACUUCGUGGCGCUUUCGUCAUCGGCGGUCUUGUGGUUGGUAUGAUCGCAACUGUUCUACUCUAUACUCUGCCCACAGAUGCCUUUACGAGCAGGCUGCUAGCCCUAUACUGGCCCUACUUCUACCUCGGUCCUUAUAUCGUCUCCCUUGGCAUGAAUAGUGCCAACACCGCUGGACACACCAAAAAGGUCACCAUGAACGCAGUCGUCUUUACAGCAUACUGCAUCAGUAAUAUUAUCGGCCCGCAGUUCUUUAAAGCAUCGCAGGCUCCUCUCUACCCUCUGGGAAUGGGUGCUAUGUUGACCUCAUAUAUCUUAAGUAUUAUUACGAUAUCUCUUUAUAUGCUGUACUGUUGGAAGGAAAACCGAAGACGACGGAUGGUUGACACUAGUGCUGAUCAACGGGUGCAUGUCGACACUGACUUCAAUGACGUUACCGAUCAAGCAAAUAUCCACUUUAGAUAUGUCUGGUAG